CAAUAAAUAAAGCAAUUGUGCAUUUCUCAAGAAAAUCAAAGUAUAAACAUGCCGACGACUACAGAAGCAGCAACACAAAAGUGGAUAGUGUGUCGCGUGUGCCUGCAACAGCCCAAGGAAGCGAUGGGAAGCAUUUUCAAUGACGACGCCUCUAAAGAUUUGACCAACAUGAUUCUUGAAUGCGGCGGCGUGCCUAUCAAGAAGUUUGAUCAUUAUCCAGAUAAGAUAUGCGACAAGUGCUCGAAGAAUCUACACAUUGCAUUUAAGUUUCGACGAAUUUGCCAACGAUCCUAUAAACACCUUCGGCAAUUCAUAGCUCCUGUUGUCGUGGAGCAGCAACAGCAGCAACAACUGGCCACAGAAGAGGAUGCCCCCCAUAUCAUGGAUGUCAGCAAUGAGCCGGCCACCACUGAACUGGCUGAAGUCCUUGCCAUGGCGGGGACGGAAGAGCAUGAGCACGAGGAGGAAAUUGACUCCAAGGAACGCUUGGUGCACGUGAAGAGUGAACAAGUGGAGGAGGAUGGCAUCAUCGAGGAACUGUACGAUGUAUACGAAGCGUACGAAGGAGAUAUUGUUACCGAGCAGCCAACCAACUAUGAGGAAGCUCAAGGCGGUGACGAAGCUGGCGAAGAAGAAGCUGAUUUGGGAGCCAAUUCAAUAUCGGGACUUUCAGCAGACAUUGAGUAUCUCGAGCAAUUGGAUCAGGAUCAGCUAACUGAAAGUGCACACGAAGAUGACAUUGAAAUGCAGCAUACAUCAGAUGAGGAAUUCCUACCGGUUAAAGCACGUAAUACAUCCAAUGCAAGGGCUACGUCAGGCGUAGUAAGACGACGAAUCAGCACGCGCAAAACCAAUAACACUAGCAAAACGGCGGUGGCAAAGAUAAAACGGGAGAGCAACUGCAAUGUGACGACGACAAACAUUAUUCUUAAUCCGGAUGAAACGAUCAGUUUUGGCGAAACGAUUGUGCGCAAAGCGGCGGGCAUCAAGACCAAAGGUGGCCACAAGAUACUCGUGGGCGACAAGAAGGAGUUUAAGUAUAUUUGCGACAUUUGCGGCAACAUGUAUCCAUCGCAGAGUCGCCUCACCGAGCACAUUAAAGUGCAUUCCGGAGUCAAGCCACACGAGUGCGAAAUCUGCGGACAUUGCUUUGCCCAGGCGCAGCAGUUGGCGCGACACAUGAACACGCACACAGGAAACCGGCCCUACAAGUGCAGCUAUUGUCCGGCGGCCUUUGCGGACUUGUCCACGCGCAAUAAGCAUCAUCGUAUUCACACUAAUGAGCGUCCUUAUGAAUGCGAUGUGUGCCACAAGACCUUCACCUACACUAACACACUGAAAUUCCACAAGAUGAUACACACUGGCGAGAAGCCUCACGUCUGCGAGAUUUGCGGCAAGGGCUUUCCCCAAGCGUACAAGUUGCGCAAUCACAGAAGCACACAUGAUCGUCGUGUGGGCGUGGUCAGGGAUAACGUGGAUGUGAUGUUGCCCUAUGAUACGGCGGCUACAGGUGGCCUGGAGCUGUAA